ACUUGCAUUUUCUGUAUAUCCGGUUCCGGUGUAAUUCACGUGGUCGGAAUUAGAAAAAUGCCGAGGUCGAAGAGAGAUCGUAAAGUGUCUCUUACGCAGACGGCCAAGAAAGGAACAGAUAUAAAAGGAAAAUUAAUAGAGAAUAUCCGUGAAGCUCUUGACAAGUAUGAAAGAGUAUUUACAUUUUCCGUUGCCAAUAUGCGAAAUGGUCUUUUAAAAGACGUUCGUUUAGAAUGGAAAGGUAGUAAAUUUUGCUUCGGAAAGAAUAAGGUUAUGAGUAUUGCUUUGGGACGUGUUCAAGAAGAGGCUUAUAAACCAAAUGUACAUCUUAUAUCCAAACGUCUGAAAGGGCAAACGGGUUUACUAUUUACUAAUAAAACUAAGGAGGAUGUUCUUAAAUGGUUUACCAAUUAUUCUGAAGCUGACUAUGCUAGAGCGGGAAAUUUAGCCGAACAAACCGUUUCACUUGAAGAAGGUCCAUUAGAAAUGUUCCCUUUCAAUAUGGAACCUGAACUGCGUCAAUUAGGUCUUCCAACGAAACUUGUAAGAGGCAUCAUUAAUUUGCGAGAAGACUACGUGAUCUGUAAGAAAGGUGAAGUACUAACAUCGCAACAGUCGAGACUUUUGAAACAUUUUUGUUAUAAAAUGGCGAAAUUUCAAGUUGUGAUUGACGCUAUGUGGUCAAAUGACGGUUACUUUGAAGAGUUUAAAAAUGUUGGUUGCCAAUCUAAAGAUGCUAGUUCUGUUCGAUUACGACCAACUAAAAUAGAUGAAAACGAUGAUACAAGGACUUUUGUAGCAAUUCCACAGGACGAUAUAAUGUAA